AUGGAACUUGACCGGAUCGCCCCUUCCGAGCGAAGCCACAAACUGAACUCUACCAACAGCAAGUCCAAAUCAUCUAACCUCAGGAACAUUGCUCAGGGGAAGAUGGGAGAGACACAGUAUCACACUCUCUCCUUGAGAUACAAGCAAGGAAGGCGCUCCGGUGGAGGCUGCAGAAAUGCUGGUUGGUUACCAGUCAGAUGGGCAGUAGGAAACAAGGUGCAUUCAUUGGAGAAAUUGCCUUUUGGCAGAGUUAGUGGGGAAAAGGUCAUUGGAAUAUUGGAUGUGUUCACACCAGAUGUAACACUGGAGAAGUUUAAUGACUUCUACCUUGUCAUGCCAUUUAUGGGAACAGACUUGAGUAAAAUAAUGAAGCAUGAGAAACUAACUGAAGACCGAAUCCAGUUCCUGGUAUAUCAGAUGUUGAAAGGCUUAAAGUAUAUUCACUCCUCGGGCAUAAUUCACAGGGAUCUAAAGCCUGGGAACUUGGCAGUAAACGAAGACUGUGAAUUGAAGAUUCUGGAUUUUGGAUUGGCGAGGCAUACAGACAGUGAGAUGACUGGUUAUGUGGUUACAAGGUGGUACAGAGCCCCAGAGGUGAUACUUAACUGGAUGCAUUAUACGCAAACAGUUGACAUCUGGUCUGUGGGCUGUAUAAUGGCUGAGAUGAUAACAGGGAGGCCUCUGUUCAAAGGAAAUGAUCAUCUGGACCAGCUCACAGAAAUAAUGAAAAUAACGGGUACACCAACUCAAGAUUUUGUUCAAAAACUGCAGAGUCAAGAUGCAAAAAACUAUAUCAAAAGCCUCCCAAAAGUCCAGAAAAAAGAUUUUGCAUCCAUCUUGAAGUAUGCGAAUCCUUUGGCUGUAAAUCUUUUGGAGAAGAUGCUGGUGCUGGAUGCAGAGAAGCGAGUCACAGCAGCUGAGGCUUUGACGCAUCCUUACUUCGAACCAAUUCACGAUCCUGAGGAAGACAUUGAAGCUGAGAAAUAUGACGACACAUUUGAUAACAUGGAUCUUCCGCUAGAUGAGUGGAAGCGCAUUACGUACAAAGAGAUACUGAACUUCAAGCCACCACAAACACUGGAGUCAAAGGAGACAUCGGUGUAA